UAACAAGUCACUCAUCAUUCCCUUUAUUCAAAGGAAAAGCUAGCAAUAAUUUUAGAGAGUCUGAGGACUGCUGCGCAAGCUUAUAUAUCCAUUUCGGGCGCCCAGGUUCGUUGGCAUUUCCAACGCAGAUGGACGAAGAAGAGUCGCAAUCGUUUCCAGUCGAUAGCGGACAAAGCCCCCUCGUUUCGAAGCGCACGACCCCUGAAGAGCCGAAUGCUGCCCCCAAUGCCAAAAGAACCAAAAGUUUUCACGACGGGGAGACACCGCCGACCAUAAAACCUCCCGCGAUAACCCGAAUUGUUCCCUUUCCAGAGAAACCUGCAGUUGUAGAAGAACGGAACGGCGAGAUAGAAUUCUGGACUGUUAAUAAUGAUGGCUCUACAGAGAGUACAGUUAUCCUGACAGGUCUCAAAAACCUGUUCCAGAAGCAGCUACCGAAGAUGCCCAAAGAUUACAUCUCCCGUCUCGUCUAUGAUCGUACUCACUUGUCUUUGGCCAUCGUAAAAACGCCGCUAGAAGUUAUUGGCGGAAUUACAUUUCGAGAAGUCCGACACCGCAAGUUCGCUGAAAUCGUGUUCUGUGCGGUCUCAUCGGACCAGCAGGUGAAGGGAUACGGAGCGCAUCUUAUGGCUCACUUAAAGGACUAUGUCAAAGCCACAUCCCCCGUGAUGCAUUUUCUGACUUACGCGGAUAACUACGCUACGGGGUAUUUCCAAAAACAAGGGUUUACCAAAGAGAUUACGCUUGACAGGUCCAUCUGGAUGGGCUAUAUCAAGGAUUAUGAAGGCGGCACACUCAUGCAAUGCUCUAUGGUUCCCCGAAUGCGGUAUCUCGAAGUUGGUCGUAUGCUUCUGAAGCAGAAGGAAACUGUUCUAGCUAAACUGCGCCCCUUGAGCAGAAAUCACAUCAUACAUCCGCCGCCUCAGCAAUGGGCUAAAGGCGUCAUCACUCUGAUUGAUCCACUCUCUAUUCCUGCCAUUCGAGCUACUGGAUGGUCUCCGGACAUGGACAAGCUAGCACGGGAACCACGCCAUGGGCCUCAUUUUAACGAACUUCGACGCUUUCUCAGCCAAAUUCAAGCCCACAAACAAGCAUGGCCCUUCCUCUCUCCAGUUGACAAAGACGAGGUCCCGGAUUAUUACAAAUUCAUUGAAUCUCCAAUGGACUUGUCCACCAUGGAACAAAAAUUGGAGAAUGAUUCCUAUUCUGCCCCGAAAGACCUUGUCAAUGAUCUCAAGUUGAUCUUUAGCAAUUGUCGGAAGUAUAAUGAUGCAACAACGCCAUAUGCCAAGUGCGCGGUCAAACUGGAGAAAUAUAUGUAUUCUCUAAUCAAAGAGAUACCAGAGUGGUUUGACUUACUGGAAGAAUGACGCCAACGCAUUAAUUAUUCUCUUAAAG